AUGUUGUUCUCCUCCUUCGUAGCGAAGGCGUGCACAACACUUUGGGCCGAUGCGAUUGAGUGGUGGACUUUCUUGCCGCCGGAGCCUUUGCCGUGGGAUCGGAAGGACUUCUUCAAGGAGAGGAAGCAGCAGCAACACGAGAGGCCGUCGCUGAAUGCCUCACCAUGGCGGCGGCCGCGACGGCGACUUCUGUCGGUCGGGAUCGUCCGAGUUUCGCAGCAGACCUCCGGGUCAUGUAAUCAGGGUUGGCACCUCUAUUCUGAAGAAUCUGGGCAUGGUUUCACGCGAUCUCAGUCCAACGAGAAGAUUGUAGAUGAGAGUUCCCGGCCAUCUGAUACUCGUGCAGAUGGAAAGUAUAGCAGGAGUGGCAGGGAAAAUCGGGGAUCUUUCAGCCAAAAAGACCAGAAGUGUCACUCUCGGAAAAAUGGUGAGUCCCCAAACGGCCUCAGCAGGCCACUUGACGUGAGCGAUCAGAGAGAUUUAAGAGUGAAAAUUCGCUGGGAUCGAUUGAUUGGAAGCCUCUUAAAUGGGCCUGAUCGGAGAGUAUGUGCUCCCGGUGGGUCUGGUUUAAGCAAUUCGAGCAGCUCAAAGAGCAUGGGUGUGGAUUCCAGUGAAGCAAGGGCUGAAGCUCAGAUGGGGAAUGUCACUCCAGUGCAGUCCCCUUCAGGUGAUGUUGUUGCCUUUGCUACAUCAGCUGUUGCCCCAUCUGAAGAAACAAGUGCUAAGAAGAGGCCACGUCUUGGUUGGGGUGAAGGGCUGGCUAAGUAUGAGAAGAAGAAGGUUGAUGGACCUGAUGAUAUUGCGGCCAACAAUGAAGCAGGUUAUUGUGGUAGAACUGAACCUUUGCAGUUGCAAGUCUAAAACUUGGCUGGUACAAGCCCUAGGAUUGGGGGAUUCUCAGUUUGUGCUUCCCCUGGUACGCCCUCCUCAGCUCCUCACCAGGAUUCUGAGGAUGAGCCGGCCGAUCCUAGCAUCAUUCUUGAGGAGCCGGACAGUGAAGCUCCCUCCUCAGAUAGAAGGCGUUAUGUACCUCAAGAUCAAAAACUGGACCCUCUUGUGGCAUCCUUUUCAUGUGGGGCAGUGGGUGUAAUCUCAUCUUUGAUGAUACUUGUAGCGAACAAUAAUAUUGAGCAACAAUAGAAAAAAUGUGGAAGUA